AUGGAACACAGAGAUGAAGAAGUUGAUCAGAGUCACAAACUCGGACUCCUGACUCCUCAGCUCCUUGAACUUGGUGUUCAGGUCGUACAACAGCGACCAGCACGUGUACGACGAGGAUUCCAGUACCCAGAGGAUGGACAGAACUCCGAGCAACAGGAACGUUGUGUCCUGACUGUGGCCCAAAGACUCGUCCAGCGCAGCAACGAGCCCAAUCCAUUUGCGUCCGGCAAAGUGGAACAGCCUGUAUUUCCAGAACGUGUGGCUGGUGAGCCGGUAGCCGUUUGA